CGUGCCGGCGGAGCUUUUACGCUCCGGAUGGUGACGGCGGUCCGAUCAGUGCAGGAGCUGCAGCGGGUUACAAACAACAACAACAACAACAACAAGAGAAAAAAAAACCAAACUGUGAAAUAGGUCUGUGUGUCAGCGCAGCUCCGUCCGUGUAUUUCCGGGUGGUACGAGCUGCUCCGGUACGUCCCAGCGAGCAUCAGCUGCUCCAGCCUCCCUCCUCCGCUCAGCCACAACCAGCGCCGGAGGCCGGGACACGAACACGCUCCACCGACACACGAGACACAUCCCCGGUUGAUGUCUUUGUAGCUGAAAGCCAAAGCAGGGGAGGGCAGCGGGCAGGAGCUAUGGCGGCGUCGCUUCUCUCCGAGACCGACAUCAGGCACCGGUCCAUGGCGGAGGAGGAUCCGAACGGGAAUGAGCACGGAGCGGCUGCACGCAGCGCGGCGCCUCGCUGGGGACCGCAGCACGCCGGGGCCCGGCAGCUAGCGCGGCUCUACUCGCCAGGUAAACGGCUGCAGGAGUGGGUGUGUGUGAUUCUGUGCCUCUUCCUCUUCAUCAUCAACUUCUCCUUCCUCCUCCUGCACUUCUCCACCGUCCACAUCUACAGGAUCGUCCUCGGCAUCGUCCUAGGAAUAGUGACGGCAGACUUUGCGUCGGGGAUGGUCCACUGGGGGGCCGACACCUGGGGGUCUGUGGACAUCCCUGUUAUUGGCAAGGCAUUUAUCCGACCGUUCAGGGAGCACCACAUCGAUCCCACCGCCAUCACUCGCCACGACUUCAUCGAAACCAACGGCGACAACUGUAUGAUCCCCAUCCUACCACUGGCUCACAUGGCCAACAAGUUCCUCACAUACACACCAGAGGCCUUGGCGGCGUCCUACCCCUGGGACUGCUACGUCUUUGCCCUGGCAGUUUUCGUGACGCUGACCAAUCAGAUUCACAAGUGGAGCCACUCCUACUUCGGCCUCCCGCGCUGGGUCACGCUGCUCCAGGACUGGCAUCUGGUGUUGCCACGGAAACACCACCGCAUCCACCAUGUCUCGCCGCACGAGACGUACUACUGCAUUACUACAGGUUGGUGCAACUAUCCACUGGACCAGCUGGGCUUUUGGAGGCGGAUGGAGCAAUUGAUCGAACACCUGACGGGGCAGAAACCACGAUCAGACGACCUGGCAUGGGCGAAGAAGACUGACUGAUGAACAAACACAAGAAUACAAAUACACAGAGGGAUGAAGGGAGGAAUGGGCAUGCAGACACAAAUACAUAGAGCUAGAAAACAGAUGCGGAGAAACAGACACACACAUAGAUUUUACUCAUGUCUCUGUGCUUCUUGCUUUUUUUGCUAAAGAGCAAACAUUCAAAGAAAACCGUGUUUGCAAAAAAAAGAAAAAAAAUCAAAUGAUGGUUCGAGUAAUUCCUGUCCGCGCUGGAGUCGGUGUUUUUAAACGAGCUUUGGAACGUAGUAAAAUUAAAACACUGCUAGAUGAGAAACACUCUGCUGUAACACCCAGUCAGCUUGUGUGUUCGCAGGCCUGUUUUAACCAAUGAGGUGUGCUGGUGUUGUGGUGUAGGAGGUUUCUGGAGGUUGGGCUCUCCAGGAGUGACACCACGCUGCCUGUCGCUGGCAGCUUCUUACACCACACACACACACACACACACACAUACACACACGCACACAAAUCUGGAAGUCAAAUCUUCACUCAAUGUCUCUUUUGAAUCCUUUUCGUCUGAUUUUUUUUUUUUUAAGUGUUGUGUUUUCGUUUUUCUUACAUGAAAGCUCCUUCUGGAAGCAUCACCGCCCUCUUUUAAAUUCUCACGGCUACAUUUGCACACAAGAAGGUGAAAAUCUGAUGAUUGUGUGCUUCGGAUCGAAUAUUUUGAAAUCGACUCCCGUCUUUUGUGCCUGCGUCCGAGCUUACGUGAUCUCACAGGCGGGUGGAGGACAUGCGUGUAAAAACAGAUUUUAAAAAAAACACAUGCAUCCACAGCAGCUUGCAUUAAUAUAUCCACAUGUGAGCAAUCAAGUUGCAGGUACAUACUUUGAACCCUUUUAAUGUGCAUAGAUACACAAGUUUAAAUCACCCAGUAACGGUUAGUUGUUAACGGCACUUUACCUUCAUUCUUGUGUGUUUGAACCAACUGUUGAUCUUCUCCCUGUGCAGACAUUUCUCAUUGAUUUUCCUUUAAAGUGAAAGAAGCUUUGGAGCAGUCCGGUUAUCGUAGCUUUAGGAAGUCCACUUCUGCAUGUACAAACGCAAACACGUCUAAAUGAAGGUACUCUAAAAAGUUGUUAAAUCUUAAGUCUGCAUAUGGAAUUAAACUGAAUUCAGGUGAGUUUAGCAUCUUUAGUGAUAAGUUAGUUUUAGAGGAAAAGCAUUUAACGUUCUCGCACUUUAAUGCAACUUACGACGGGGGCUGCCAGACUUUUUCCCUCGUCUGUCUUUAUAUACAGUUUUUACGACGGCGUCUACUGAGCAUCGAAGUGAACGGAGCUGUCAGAUUUCCGGUUUUCUUGACAGACAGUAAAAGUUCUGUAGCUGGAGGUUAAGCAAGUCGAAGUAGGUGAGUAGGUAAGUGACAAAUAAUAGACUUAAAUGUGUACUUUGGGAAAUUUUUAUUUGCUUUCUUGCAAGGAGCUACGUGAGAAGAUUGAUGUCUGCAAGAUAAAAUGCAAGUUCCUGUAUAGCAUAUUUUGAAAAUAGUGCACAGCUGCUAGUUUAGCUCUUUAGAUGUAACAGAACCCAACUCUGAACCUCACUAACUAAAUAUAACCUGAACUUCUGAACCAGUUGUCUCCCAUGUUUACAGUGUUUGUGCUGAGCUUCAUAUUUAGCAUUUAGUUCAUGUUUCUCACUUCACUCUCUCAAGAAAGCAAAUAUUUCCCCAUGAAGUGGUCGAGUGCGUCAUCAAACAAUUUAAGAGCUGAGGUGAAAUGAAAAGAAGUUUGGAUGAUGUGUUCAUGUUUGGAUGUAUUUCCUGGAUUCUCUUUGGUCAUUUUUAAGUGGCACAUACAGAAGGGAAGUCUCUUUUUUUUUUGGCAGUGCUGGUUGGUUUUAUUGUACCAAAAACAUGCCUGCAGACAUGUUGGGCUUCUUGGAGGAAGCUUGCGGCAGCCUCCAACACCAUAAAACUCGACGAGGGUUCUACACGUGUACAACGCUGGACAGCUCAGGGCUGGUUAUUGCCUCCAACUUCUGCUUCUUCUCACGUUCUGUAUCAUGAUUUUUUAUUCGGUUCAAAACAGCUACAUAAAGCCCCUUCCUCAAAAUUCGCUCAUUCACUCACUCGGCUGAUUUAGGAAAACUUUGUUUCCACAGAUUUUGCAGUCACUUCUCAGCAAUCAGACUUAUUUCAAUCUUGUUUUGAUUCAUCAUCGCCGCGUCACGUCCCAAAAAUCCUCUCCUCGACUGCAACUGUAAAUAUUCAACUUCAGCAUUUCUGAACGAGAAAUGUGUCACAGCCUCCCUGAACUUCAACCACAGCGACUCAUUAAAGAGAUGCAUGGCGUCAUUUUUGACAUCGGUUUGCGUCGGCUGAUGUGAGCCGAGUAGGGAAAAAAGACAAACUGUGACACGUGCACUUUAGUUUGCUGUUACUAACUCUCUGCUAGAGAGGCUGGCUGCUUGACUCAUAGUUUUUAUUCUAGGCCCUUCAGUCCCAGAAGGUCAAUAAUAACAGCACUUUAUUGUUUUACCAAGUAACUGUCUGAAAAUUACGUCCUGCGAGCGCCCGUUCACUCGUCUCAUCACACACGUACAGGUUCGAUCAGGCUUCACCUGCAUGCACACAGACACACACACUGAAUAAAUCUCCUAAAUGCAGUCAUGUACACACACACACACACACACACACGCUCUUUGUCACAUUGUGUUUUGUUGUUUUCUCUGGCUUUAUAAUUUUCUAUUUUUUUAUUAAUGGAUCAAGCCUUGUAUAGUCAAAUUCUGACGUUCCAUUUUGCAGCUCAACGCUUGCUGCUCGUCUGCCUUAAUGUUUUUAUCUGCUCUUUGAUUUAAAUAAAGAUUUAUUAACUCCAA